GGUGGCGGCUCUGUCCCACCCAGGAGGUUGCCGUCUGCUCCACCCUGCUGAGGCGGGACGAGGACAUCACUGCACUUCUGGAAAGGAGGGUGAAGGAACCCUGUCUUCUCUCUGGGACGAACUCAGGAGCCCACCUGUAGCAGCUGGGUCUGAGGGUCGAGUGUUUACCUCUUUGGAGGAAGACAUGUGUUGGAAGACUUUGCUGCUUCUGCUGUUGUAUUAUAAUGCUCAGGCUACCGUGUCCCAUGGAUGGAGCAGGGCUGUACUCUUCCCUGCUGCUCACCGGCCAAAGAGGUCCUCCUCCAUGCCGCUGAACCCUGUCCUGCAGACCUCCCUGGAGGAAGUGGAACUGCUGUAUGAGCUCCUGCUGGCCGAAAUUGAGAUCAGCCCUGACCUGAAGAUCUCCAUCAAGGAUGAGGAGCUGGCCUCCCUGCGGAAGGCCUCGAACUUCCACACCAUCUGCAAUGAUGUGAUCCCUAAGCGCAUCCCUGACAUCCGAAGGCUGAGUGCCAGCCUGGCCAACUCCCCCGGCAUCCUCAAGAAAGAAGACUUUGAGCGGACAGUGCUGACCCUGGCCUACACGGCCUACCGUACAGCCCUGUCGCAAGGCCACCAGAAGGACGUCUGGGCCCAGGCCCUUGUUAGUCUCUUCCAGGCUCUGAGGCAUGACUUGAUUCGAUCCUCAGGCCCCAGAGUGUCCCCCUCAGAGCCUGGCCCACACCAGGACCUCGAACCAGGGACCAGUACACAAUAAUCUAGAAAGCUCAUCCUCUGCUCCAGUACAGAGACUGCCAACAAAACACGUAACAGGGCAGCAGUGAUAAGAGGAGACUGUGUUAUUGCCCAUUGCAGUGUGACCUAGGCUGGAUUAAAGAGCCAUAGAGCUCAUCCAAGAUGCCUACAGAAGCAGCACAGAUUGCCUGAGACACCCGGAAAUCUAAGAUUGCUGCAAUGUAGAGCAAUCAACAUACACCUGAGAGGAGACAUAGCUAGAGAAGACACCAAGAAGUUGGGUGUGGGGGAUAAAGGGAGACAGAUAUCUUGGAUCCUUCAGCCCAGGUUGAAUGAAACUUUUCUCCAUCGUAAUAUAAAGAAAUCAGAGCUAUACCCCAAUAAACACAGUGUUAACUAAGGAUAAA